UUGAUUACUAUUUAAUUAAAGCACACAGUAUGACGCGAUGGAUGCCAAUAAUAAUAGUAGGAGGAAAACGUACGGUUUGUGAUAAAGUAUGAGCGAUUAACUUAGGCCUACUAUAAAAAGAAUUGAAAUUAUUUACCAGCACUUGACAACAUGUGUAUAUACAAACCGAUAAGAAAUACUUCCCGAACUUGUUUUCCUUUACAUUUCACUAUUAACUUGUUAGUCUGAUGGAUUCUAAUUUAAGCUCAUUGUUCAAGUGCAAUUUCUUCAGUAAGGAAGUGCGAGUGUGAAAUUUAAAUAGGCUAUAAUAAAACACGAUUUUAUCAGGAUUCAUCUGAAUUAAUGUUCUACCGUACUGUGAAAAUGCCUGAGAUCUGCUUUGGAAUGGAGAGAUUGCAUUUGGCAGUCAUGGCAAUCUCAUUCAUGCUGGUAAUAAGCAUGGUUUCCACUGGACAAAGGAUAACGACAUUGGCGAAUUGGCAUAUUUUCAAUGAUAAACCGAAUUGUUUUCCCUUGGAUCAGUGCCAGUGCAGGUGGAGGGAGGUUGGCGAUGCAUCUAAUCAGAUUGCAGAUAACAACUCAAGUCACAUCAUCUAUAAGUGCGAGUGUAAUAGAUCAGAGAGCAAUGAUGCAAAUUUGGUUGACAUUCUCGUUAGUGAUUGUUAUGAUGGGAGCUGCAACGCCUCCACAAUUCGGAUUUGGAGAAAUCACCAACGUUUUCAAACCCAUGCCAAAUUGCCCACGAGGUACUAUACCAAAGAAAGUUGAUAGGGAAUGGAGAUGUGUGCCAAUAUUCUCAUUUUUUUCAAAUAUUAAAACAUGAACCAGUAUAAUUUUCUCAAAUAAGAAAGCCUGAUUUUAACCCACUAAGAUCCAUUUAAGCUCAGAUUUUAAAUAUAGUGAUGAAUAUUUAUACAAAAUAGCUAUUUUUAUGAAGAGACUUGAAUUUGAAGAGCAUGCUGGUUGGACUCAAUGUUCCACGUCGAUUCCUGACAUCCAAUAGGAUGCUAUGCCCAACGAGCUGGCAACGCUGCAAUACUAGGUCUAGGUUUAGCUUUCAGCUAGAUAUACGCAUCAAAAUUAUUCUCAAUGCUUUUUGACUUAUUUCCUUCACACUUGCGAAUGAUCAGCUGCCUGAGCCUAGUUAUGCAACGUUGCCAAUUAUAGGGACC